AUGGUCGAUGAAACAUUGGCGCUUGUAGAAAAUGAUGUUUUCAAUAAUGCUUCAACAGUGAGAGCUUAUAAACUAAAAUAUACUGAUUCUGUUUAUGCCGAUACGACGUAUGUUACAGCAUUAUUACGUUUUAGAAGAGCUGUUUCUGCUUUACAAGUAUAUAAUGACUUUAUAUGUAAGCAUUAUUCGGGUCGAAGAAAGAAUAUUGAUCUUUUUAGUAUUUGGCAUCCAACACAAUCUGAAAUUCGUGCUAGAGAAAUAAGUGAUGAUAUAGGUGAGGAUGAUCAUUUUAUGGGUGACAUUGUGACGCGUGACAUGCUUUGGUAUUUAAAGGACGGUGAAUACACAAUAUACUAA